CGUUAUUUAAAAAAUGAAAAAGGAAAAACCCGGUCAUCACCGUACCGGCAUUCAUCCGGUUGAAGCAAUCCCGCCACCGCGCGCCCUUUCAUACUUCUCAUCCGUUUCUCUCCUUCCAAUUUCCUUGAUUUUCAGUCUCAUGAGUAACCAUGGCUUUCCAGAAGAUCGAAGUAACCGAUUUCUAUACGGUUCUUCUAUGGUUUAUGGUCUACGCGAUAACGCACUGCUCUGCGGAAUCGUCAACGUGCUUGAUGGUGUACAAGGAAGGCGGCGCUCCGGCCGUAUUUCAAUCCCCGAAAUGCCCUCUUUGGAAGCUCUCCGACUACACUUUUCAAUCUCCCAGCGCCCCUCAUUGUCAAAUUGCAAUGCAUCAGGGUCGAAGAAAGUAUCAGGAGGAUCGCGCUCUUUGUGCUCUCGACGUUCGAAUUCCCUUUCCAAGUAAAACAGGUCUUAAGGAGGUACCUGUUGGAAUUAUAGCAGUUUUUGAUGGUCAUAAUGGUGCUGAAGCUAGUGAGAUGGCUUCGAAGAUUUUGUUGGAGUAUUUUGUUGUGCAUACUUAUUUUCUUCUUGAUGCCACUUACUCUGGAAUUUUCAAGAGAUCCAUUAAGACAUCUUCAAAUGAGAGGGAACAUGGUAUCCUCUUUAAUCAACUUAGUUGGAGCGACAAAAUUAGUAACCGUGAUCUGGAACUCGGAAGGCUUAAAUACUUACUUCCAGCAGAUUUUGACGAUGAUUUUCAUUUGGAAAUUUUGAAAGAAGCACUUAUGAGAGCUAUACAAGAUAUUGACAAAACAUUUUCCGAGGAAGCACAUAAAAAUAAUCUUGUUUCCGGUUCUACUGCUACUGUUAUAUUAUUAGCAGAUGCACAAAUUUUGGUAGCGAACAUUGGUGACUCAAAGGCUUUCUUGUGCUCUGAAAAAUUUCAGUCACCUUCAGAGGCUAAAGCCACCUUUGUAAGGUUAUACAAGCAAAAAAGAUACAGUGGUGCUUCACGUGCAAGGGGAUAUGGAAAUUCUAGACCAGAUUCGUAUGAUGGGCUGAUGCAUUUUUAUGUCAAAGAAUUGACGAGAGAUCAUCAUCCAGAUAGAGAGGAUGAAAGAUCUAGGGUGGAGAUUGCUGGGGGUCAUGUUGUUGACUGGGGUGGUGUGCCAAGAGUAAAUGGUCAGUUGGCUAUAACCAGAGCAAUUGGUGAUGUGUCUUUUAAAAGCUAUGGGGUUAUAUCUGCACCAGAGGUGACUGACUGGCAACCUUUGUCUGCCAACGAUAGCUAUUUGGUGGCUUCAUCUGAUGGCAUUUUUGAGAAACUGAGCCCACAAGAUGUUUGUGACUUGUUGUGGGAAAUACACAAUGAUGGUAUGUCAAGUUCUGAACAUUCUCCUUCAUGCUCAUACUCACUGGCGGAUUGCAUUGUUAGCACUGCCUUUGAACGGGGAAGUAUGGAUAACAUGGCCACUAUUGUGGUUCCUUUAAGACCUGCUAGUUCUUCUCGGAGAUUUCAGGAGGGGAGCUUUGUUGCACAGAGAGACUCAAGUUUUCCCAUAUCUGGAAUAGAAAAUCUUAUUAAAGAGCACUCAGGCAAGGGUGUCUCUUCCAGUGCUGUGCAGUUGCAGCAUUCUCAUCCUGUUAUGUCCAAGUUCAACAGAUUAUUGGUUGAAGGAAGGCACAAUAGUCUGGGAUGUUUUUAUCUGUCUGAGAAUCUGGAUGAAUACAGGGAUUAUGUGUUGCGAACUCAAAAUGAAGAGGAAGAAUAUUUAUGUGAUCUACCCCACGCUCUUCCAGAAUCCCUCAAUCAGCCAUAUGGUGGAUCUGUCAAUGUGUACACUGACCAAAGCUUGUGCUUUCAUCUUGGAAUGAUUGGAGCUAAAGAUCAGUGCUUUAAUCCUGAAGGCUUUGCUAGUUUUAUUGGUUUGCUUGAAUCAAUUCCUUUUCACGAUCCUGGUCCAGACAAUCAACUAUUUGAGCAUUCACCACCUGUAUUGAGGUAUGUGUUGAAGAAAAGGUUUGGUCGUGGUUCCUAUGGCGAAGUAUGGCUGGCUUUUCACGGGAAUUGCCAGGAAGCGUUUAGUGCAGCAGGAGAGAAUAUUAGUGUUCCGUGCAACUCAUCUUUUGGAGACACCAAUGCCAGAAAUUAUAGCAGCUCUUCAAAUAGUUCUCAAGCCCAUUCUCCAGACGAUAACUUGUUUAUCAUGAAGCGUGUUAUGGUUGAAAGAGGUGCUGGAGUCUAUUUAAGUGGCUUACGGGAGAAAUAUUUUGGUGAAAUAUUUUUGAAUGCUUCUACAUGCCUUGGAGAUGUGUUGUCGACGGGAGCAUCAAACUUUGUCUUUGAAGAAUCACCACGGGAACCUAAAGAUUUAUUGACAAAGGAUGAAUCACUGGGUUAUACAGUAGGGGAAACUAGGCAUUUUAAAAAUAUUUCUCUGAAUUGGUUUAGACCAAGGAGAGUAAUCUAUGAAGAAGGUUUAAAUCAUAUUGUGAGAUAUGUAGAAUCUUUUGAAUCUCGGUCUAAUGAAAUAUGGCUGGUAUUUCAUUAUGAAGGGACGUCCCUCUCGAAGCUCAUAUAUUCUGUUGAAAAUGCUGAUGAAGAAAAAGUUGAGCAAAAAAACCAUGUUCAAAUAUUACGACCUUCUAAGUGGUGGCGUUGGUUGAAAACAACAGAAGCAGGACAAGAGGAGAUGAAAAAUUUGAUACGUCAGUUGUUGAUGGCACUCAAGUCUUGUCAUGACCGCAAUAUCACUCACAGGGAUAUUAAACCUGAGAACAUGGUGAUAUGCUUUGAAGAUCAGGCUACUGGAAAAUGCUUGAAUGGAAGUCAAAGGGGAGAUGAGAACUUCUCUACUAAAAUGCGCAUUAUUGACUUCGGUAGUGCUAUUGAUGAAUUCACAGUUAAGCAUCUUUAUGGAUCUAUGGGGCCUUCUAGAGCAGAACAGACUUAUGAUUACACACCUCCUGAAGCCUUGCUUAAUUCAAGUUGGUAUCAGGAGAUGUCUAGUGCUACAUUGAAGCCAACUAUGGCCGAGUGUAGGGUUUUUAGGAACUUGGAAGCUUAGGGGACUUUCAUAUCUGUCGAUCUAGAGUUGAACAAUGGAGUUCCAAAGUUAAAUAUCCCUUUUGAUUAAGGUGGUGUAGAAGGAAAAGGUGCCAAGGAAAGGGUGGUUCUUUAUUUGAUGUCUUGCUCAGAAUAGUUCAAAUUUCUUAGAAUAAGGUACAGAAAAGAAAAUUGGAUGGUUUCUAGGUGUUCAAGGUUUUUGAUGGGACACAAAUGUUGUAUCCUCUGUCAGGUUUCAUGUUUCUCUAUGGACUUCAACGUGGUGUGUAUAAACUUUUAUAAUUAUCCUUUAUUAUUGGAUCGGAGCCCCUUUUGGUUCUAGUUUGCCUACUUUUCUUUGUAUUCUUUCAUCCCAUCUCAAUGUCUGCUUGUUGCAAAUAUAAAAAGGACAAAUUUUGAUGCCUCCUUUAUAUGGGUCCUAAUGAUUAAGUUUGGGAUUGAUGUAGCCAUUGACAUAAUUGCUGCCAACUGCUCUUUGGAAAAAGAAAAAAAGAACGGCUGUAAAUCAGUAUUGGGUAAAUUUCCGUUUUAAACCUAAAAUGGCAGGUCAUGAUGUUUGGUUCAGGAAGUCGAUGUUAAAUUUGUUUUAGAAUAAAGGAGAAACUACUUUUUUAGUCCCUGAGUUUUCUAAAAUAAGUGCAUGUGGUCCCUAAAGGUUCAAAAUAGCCAUUUUAAUCCCUGAGGUUCUUAUAAUAGGUUUACAAGGUGGUCCUUACUUGACAAAGCUGUUAAAACAAACAGAAUGUCCAUGUAAGCUUUUUAAGUCUUUGACGUGGCUUGAUGACUAAGCUGGGUUAACAAUUGGAUUUUAAAUCUUAUAUACAAUUUUUUUUCUAAAAAGACAAAAGAAAAAUGAAAAACAGUAAUCGAGCCGUAACAAAAUAUCGACCUAACAUUCAUCAUCGUUCUGGAUAAAACAGAGGUCAUCCGAUGGCACCCAUUUUCAGAGAGAGAAGCCAUUGGUGUUUCAACUUCUUGAUGUAACUUGCAUCCUUUUGGUUGCACGAGUCGAAGAAUUUUGGGAACAUCUUCUUCUAGAUCUUCAAGUAAAAUAAAAAUCCACCAAAAAAGGGCUCUUCCUUUGUUUUCUUCAGAACCCAACUAAAAGAAAUGGAUAUUUAAAUAUAUAAUUUUGAUUAUAGGUGAAAUAUUCCAGGUAUUAUUCAGAGUUAUAAGGAAUAUUGUGAGUGUAGUCUUCUCUCUUGUAUUCAGUAAAUUAAAUUCGCCAUUUUUGUUCCAGAAAGAAAGCUCCUUUUUUAUUUGGUAUUCUUUCUAUUUCAGUUUUUCUUUAAGUUGAUUUUUCUUUUUGUGGAUUUCAUAUAUCCGAGAUUGGUGGGAUUUCUUCCUUCUUAACUGUAACCCCAACAUUUUGUUAUGACCUCUGUUCUCCAUCUCUACCAUUGCCGGGGUCCAAGCUUUGCCUAUGGUUGGUACUUUUUUUGGUAUGGUUGAUGACAGAGAUAUGCAUUUCUCCAUCUCGAAAUCGAUCAGAAUCGGUUGAAUCUUCACUGGAGGCCAACGUCGUUCUUUUUUUUGUGUAUGAUAUGUGGAGCGUUGGUGUAGUGAUGCUAGAAUUGAUCUUAGGAUCACCCAACGUUUUUCAGGUAAGUGAUUUAACCCGCGUUCUCUUGGACCAGCAUCUUCAAGGCUGGAAUGAAGGCGUAAAGCA